UUAAUAUAUAGGGGAUUAAUAGAUCAUCAGAUGAUCUCAUUGUGUAGUUAGAUGAUUUAAUUAGAGAGUAGAGACGAACACUAAAAGGGGGAAGGGAAGGAAGGAUCUAGAAACAUCCCCCUUCUCCUUUCAACUUUUUUACCUUUUUUCCUAAAUACAAACAAACAAACCCUAACCCCUUACUCAUCACUCUCUAUAUUCAACUUUGCUACUGAAGAGGACUCUCCACUCGAAGGGUUUCCAGAAAAAGACAGAAAGUAUGGAAGAAGAAACGACGGCGUAUUGGUGCCACACGUGUUCUCAAACAGUGACUCCGGUAACGGAAGAUGACCUCAAAUGCCCCUUUUGUCAAAGCGGUUUCCUUGAAGAGGAACAACAACAACAACGAGAGGACACCAAUGUUCACAGACCAAUAGAUUCCAUCUUGACUCCAAUCUUCAUGGAAAUGAUGAACAAUUCCGCAAGGAACCACCCUGGAGCCGAUAUGAAUUCACAUCUUCAAGAGAUUCUUAGGAGAAGGGGAAGACGUCCCGUUUCCCUUGAGCAGCUGUUUCAGGGGAUAUAUGCUGGCUUAACACUUGCACCUGACACUAACAACGCAGAUGAUCCUGAUGAUGCUGAUAGAGAGAGAGGACGCGUGAUCGUCACCAAUCCCUAUAAUCAGAUUGUCGCUGUUCCAAGCUCUGCUGUUUCUGACUCUCUGCCUCCUCUUGUUCCUGGUCCUCUCAGCGAGUACUUCAUCGGUCCUGAAUUCGAAACGUUUCUCGAGAGUUUAACUGAGACUGAUCCUACCAGGUAUGGAACACCUCCUGCUCGGAGAGAAACUGUUGAGGCUUUGGCUAGUGUCAGAAUCCAAGAGGCGGGGCUGGAGUGUUCUGUGUGUUUAGAUGAUUUUGAGGUUGGAACUUUGGGGAAACAGAUGCCUUGUAAGCACAGGUUUCACAGUGACUGCUUGCUCCCAUGGCUUGAGCUUCAUAGCUCCUGUCCUGUUUGUAGGUAUCUGCUACCAACUGCUGCGGAGGAUGAGACAAUGACGGAUUCUGUAAUAACAGAGACAAAUGGUGGCGAUGGAGGUGGUGGGUCUUCUUCUACAAGCAGCAGCCAGGGAUCUGAGAGAAGCGACCAGGAGGAGGAUCGCAUGGUUGCUUAGCAGCAGCACCUGGUUCUCAAGAUAGCAGAUAGGCAUAGGAAAUUCUCUGAGUAAGAGAAGAUGAUGAAACAAACAGCCAACGGUUCUACUACCAUAAGCUGUUUUUUUUUCUUUCUUUGGUCUGUAAAUAAAGGUUCUAGAAUUUGGUUGAAUUCUAGCUCUACUACUCUUUGGAAAACAAAUCUACAUUUUCUGACUUUUUAAUGGUUUUUAAUACUUUUUGGGGGAGUUCUCUACAAGUCGC